AUGGCUGAUUUGUUCGGAGACUUGAGGAACUUCUUUGGUGGCGAAAACAACGAUAGAGAUGCGAAGCAGAGAAAGACCUCCUCUCUCCCCAUGGAAGGCGAUGAGAAUCUUCCUGCAGGCACCUACCGCGUGGCUACGAUUCCGGUACAAUCGAUAAAACUUGGAGGAUUGCGACUGUUCGUGAUGUUUUAUUUUAUGGGAAUGCAGAACACCCCCGAUAGAAGAUCCUGGCAGGCUAAUCAGCCCUCGACGGAGGAAUACGUUGUCGACUUAUAUUACCAAGACAACACUGCCGUUUUGUCGAUAGAAUUAGAAGAUGAAGAAAUUUCUAUCCUUCGUGUGGGAUCAUCACCUUCAACAGCAUACCUGAUGCAAGAAGCUAUUAUUGUACAGGGUUUGCUAGAUGAGUUACACCAGUGUGCUUUUGAUGACAGCGUGGAAGAAGAAAAUAGAUUGCUCAUCCUGCGAGAGCCCAAGGAUGCCAUUGAGAAAGCACGAGAUGCACUGGCCUUCGGAUAG